UGAGCUGAGCCUGCUCGUGUCUGCCACCCCUCGAGAAAGCGGCGGAGGCUCCGUGGCAGCAGCUGACCGAGCCCUGCACCCCAGGACUGCCGGCACUGCCUGCGCUCUGUCCUUGCCCGAACCACGGCUCAGCCUGAGUGAGCUGGAAACACCCAUCCCAUGGGAAGCGCUACGCGGGAGAGCAGCGGCAGGCGGAGAUCUGUUACUGGAAGCUGAAGGCUGCUGCCUGGAUGAAGGGAGUGGCGGCUGACGGGUGCCUGGAGCACGAGGGAGCUGCGCGGUGACGGUGACUCGGACUGUUGGGUCCCAUCCCAGGCCGGGGGAAAGGAACAGUUUCACAGUGCCACCCACUGGAACGUGUCAGAAACCCACGUUUCUGCCUCUAGCUGGCCGCUCUCAUCCACGGGCUCCGUCUCCUCCUGAUCCUCCUGCCUGCCCUGAAAUCUGAGCUGAAGCUGCUACAGGAGCCCCACGCUUCCCCACGGGCCUCCACUUCUGCCGGCCGCGGCCCCUUUAAGGGCAGUAAGGGCGGAAGCGCUGUGCGGGCCGGGGAUUGCUGCACUUCCGCCCCGCCGGUGCUCUCGCGAGAUCUGCCACUUCCGGCGCCCUUUUCCGCGCAGAGCAGGCCAAGAUGGCAGAAGUGGAGCAGAAGAAGAAGCGAACUUUCCGCAAGUUUACCUACAGAGGAGUGGACCUGGACCAGCUCCUCGACAUGUCCUACGAGCAGCUGAUGCAGCUGUACAGCGCCCGCCAGCGCCGCCGCCUCAACCGGGGGCUGCGCCGUAAGCAGCACUCCCUGCUGAAGCGGCUCCGCAAGGCCAAGAAGGAGGCACCGCCCAUGGAGAAGCCCGAGGUGGUGAAGACCCACCUGCGCGACAUGAUCAUUCUCCCCGAGAUGGUGGGCAGCAUGGUGGGCGUCUACAACGGCAAAACCUUCAACCAGGUGGAGAUCAAGCCCGAGAUGAUCGGUCACUACCUGGGCGAGUUCUCCAUCACCUACAAGCCCGUGAAGCACGGCCGGCCUGGGAUCGGUGCCACCCACUCCUCCAGGUUCAUCCCACUGAAAUAAACGAGAGCUUUGGGAAUCUU